AUGACAGAAACUCAGAAGCUUCCUGUCUUCCCGCCGCCAAGGUUUUUGGAUUUCAAUCACCGACGACUGCCCCCACCUAUCCAGCUCAAGCAGUUGGAAAUCCCACCCGACGCUGUACCACCACGGACGGACUACCAAUUUCGCUCACCCAUUGGUCAUUUGCCCUCCAUACACUCUGAGCCUCCCCAACGGCACGAGCACCAGCAACCUCCGACAGCACGCUACAGACCAGCAGUGCCUCUCGAAAAGCUAGUACACCACACCAACCCAUACACACCCCCCAGGUCGGAAGCACAUUACUCGCCAAAGAACUACGCCCAGCAAGUCUCGCCUCGCUCGCAGUACGACAACAGAGACCCGCGAAGGCUCAGUGAGCAACGCUACGCUUCAUACGACGAAGCUCGGCACGCGCACCAUGCACCACACGAGCAGCCAUACUCGUCCCUUGCAUCUCCAGUCGAGCCCUCGCAGCAGCAGAGACACUAUGCUCCGCUCCCGUCACCUGGAUACACUCCGAGCUAUGCCUCGAGUAGUACAUUCCGUGGAUCUGUGGGGUCCUAUUCGCAUUCGCAACGCGGGUCUGUGGCAGCUCCCUUGGGCCCGGUAGCGUACCACGAACCACAUGCACCUGGCCCCCCUCCGCGGAAAGAAGUGCGUGCGAUCCCAUUACCUGGAUCCAUACCACAGCCUGUGUACAACGAGCAACUAAAUCUCAACUUUGAACUGCGAGUAAGACAACAGCCUGUCGCAGCAAGAGCAUGUGGGUUCGGUGAACGUGACCGCAGAGUGAUAGACCCUCCGCCGAUCAUCCAACUGCUAGUCACAGACCCAAAGACCGGUGUAGCCGAGCAGGAGGAGCUCCGGUACUCGCUUAACGUGGUGCAUUGCACGUUGUGGAAUGCGGACGGGACCAACGAGGAGACAGCGCUCAUCCAACCGGAUCGCCGCACCACGCGCAGACUCAUGGGCCAGCUCGUAGCGUCGCCCUCGGUUGCCAAGGAUGAACACGACCACGAAGGGUGCUUCUUCUGCUUCCCUGACUUGUCGUGUCGCACUCACGGCAGGUACCGUCUUCGGUUCGUGCUCAUGCGCAUCGACCCCAUGAACCUGCAUGUCGGAGGGUCCUCGCCCAUCCUCACCGAGGUCAUGAGUGACGUCUUCACCGUGUACACCGCAAAGGACUUUCCCGGCAUGCGGCCGAGCAGUGCCCUGACUCGGGCGCUGAAGCUGCAAGGCUGCAACAUCCAGGUGAAGAAGGGUAAUGAGAAGGCGCUGGCUCGCAAGCGUCUGACCGCCAGCCAGGAGCACGAGGAGGAAGAAGAGAUGAAGCGGCGACGCAGGAUGUAA